AAGUGGAUGGAUUUUUAGGGGGGGAAGGGGUGGUCUGAUGGGGAGAAUGAAAAGAGUCUGGGAGGAGUCUUGGUGCAGGAUGACAUGUGAAACUUUUUCCCGAAGAGUUUCUUGGUAUGUUGGCAGGACCUCCGCUUGCCUGCAACACAGCCUUGCCUGCAGAGAGACAAGAGUCAUAUAGGCUGACUAUUUUUACACCGCCCCCCCAGCUCCAGAAAAUCGGGGCAAAAUGAGGGUGCAUGAAGAUCGCCCGCAGCAAUGAUCUCGCAAGGCCCAACUUCCAAGUGACGGGACCAGAACUCUGCAAAAAAAAUAAAACUUUCCGACCGCCGCCGACACUGAGCAGCGUCAUGGCCGCCCAUUGCGACACUUUGAGCGGAUACUUGCAGCAGCAACAGUCGGACCAGGGCUCCAACAGCGAGCGAAGCACCGACUCCCCUUUACCCGGCUCCGAGGAGGACUUGUGCGGACCCCACCAGCUGCCCGACCCGGAGUGGACCGAGGAAAGAUUCCGAGUGGACCGGAAGAAGCUAGAGUUCAUGUUGCUAGCUGCCUCGGAGGGGAGAGUCAACGGCGGGGAGGAUUUCUUUCAAAAGAUUAUGGAUGAAACUCAAACGCAGAUAGCCUGGCCCUCGAAACUCAAGAUCGGCGCAAAGUCAAAAAAAGAUCCACACAUCAAGGUGUGCGGCAAGAGGGAACACGUGAGAGAAGCCAAAGACAGGAUUAUGCUGGUACUCGACACAAAGAGUAACAGAGUAACGCUGAAGAUGGAUGUGUCCCACACGGAGCACUCCCAUGUGAUCGGCAAGGGGGGCAACAACAUCAAGAGGGUGAUGGAGGAGACGGGCUGCCACAUCCACUUCCCAGAUUCCAACAGGAACAACCAAGCCGAGAAAAGCAACCAGGUGUCCAUCGCAGGGCAGCCAGGAGGGGUGGAGGCGGCUCGAGUUAAAAUCAGGGAGCUGCUACCUCUGGUGCUCUCGUUCGAGCUCCCAGCCAUCAUGCAGUCGGACCCCAGCUCACCGAGCGUGCAGGCCAUCUCUCAGACCUACAACCUCACCGUGUCCUUCAAGCCCCCCACGCGCCUCUACAGGGCCACCGGAGUGGUGCGCGGAUCCCAAAACAACGCCCAUGCCGUCAAGCGAGGCACUGCCCUCCUGCUGGAACAUCUAGCAGGAAGCCUGGCCAACAGCAUCUCGGUCACCACUCACCUUGACAUCGCACCGCAGCACCACCUCUUCAUGAAGGGCCGCAACGGCAGCAACAUCAAACACAUCACCCAGAGAACGGGGGCCCAGAUCCACUUCCCGGACCCCAACAGCCCGCAGAAGAAAUCCACGGUCUACAUCCAGGGCACCAUCGAGUCGGUGUGUCUGGCUCGGCAGUACCUCAUGGGAUGCCUGCCGCUGGUGCUCAUGUUCGACAUUAAAGAAGACGUGGAGGUGGAGCCUCAGUGCAUCACGGCCCUCAUGGAGCAGCUGGACGUCUUCAUCAGCAUCAAACCCAAGCCCAAGCAGCCUAGCAAGUCUGUAAUAGUCAAGAGUGUGGAGAGGAACGCCGUGAACAUGUACGAAGCCCGGAAAUUUCUCUUGGGUCUCGAGUGCAACGGGGUGUCCUCUUCUCCGCCCUCGGUGGCCUUGAACCCCGCCGCCAACAGGCCCUCGCCGUCCCUCAUGUGUCCCGUUGGCCUGGAUAUCCUAGCCUCAGCUGGCCUGGGGCUCAGCAACCUGGGCUUCCUGGGUGCGACGGCGUCCCACUCGCUCGCCAACUCCACCGCCCCCAACACUGUCCUGAACACCUUAAACUCCUCCAUGAGUCCUCUGCAGGCCCCCAGCACCCCAACGCCUUCCUUGUGGCCCAGCUCACUCACCAGCACCCAAGCCUUCUCUUCCCAGUUGAUGCUGCACCCGGCCACCCAGGCCACCCUGAGCAGCAUCCUGCUAUCGGGCGUGCAGGGCUACACGCAGAGCACGCCGUCCCCUCCGCCGGGCCUGGCGCCCAUCGACAAGCAGCCCAUUAACGGCGUUCCCGACUGUGCCAAGGCGGCCUGCACGCUCAACGGCCACGUGAAGCAUCCUGGUUCCGUCUACGGGAGGAUAGCCACUGCAUCACUCGCCGAGACGGUUCUGAGUCCAGCUCCGUGUGACUCGGUCCAAGAGGCCAGUGGACACAAUCCAUCAGAACCACUGUCCAGCAAGUCCAGCACAGAUGAAGGGUCUGACACAUUUGUGGAGGUGGGCAUGCCCAGGAGCCCCUCUCACUCGGCCAACGGCAGCGAGCUGAAGCAGAUGCUGGCGUCAUGCAAGACAUCAUCGGGAAAACGACAAGCCGUGGAGCUCCUGCAAGGCACCAAGAAUUCCCACCUACAUUCCGACUGUCUCUUGUCGGACGCCGAGUCCAGUUCUUCAGACAGUCCCGUGGCUGACAAGAGGGCGCCGGGCAGUGAGCGGGCGGCCGAGAGGGCGGCGCAGCAGAACGAGAGAGAGCGAAUCAGACUGGGGCCGCAGACGUCCUUCGCCAACAUGCAGGCUUUUGACUAUGAACAGAAGAAGCUCCUAGCAACCAAAGCUAUGUUGAAGAAACCCGUGGUGACGGAGGUUCGAACCCCGACGAACACAUGGAGCGGUCUCGGUUUCUCGAAAUCCAUGCCGGCGGAAACCAUCAAGGAGCUGAGGAGAGCCAAUCACGUGUCCUACAAGCCCAGCAUGAGCACCACAUACGAGGGUUCCCCGCUGUCCUUGUCGCGGUCCAGCAGCCGGGAGGGCGUGGCUAACGGCAGCGACUCCGACAACUGGCGGGAGAGGAACGGCACGUCAAACGGGCUGCAGGCCCACGCCGAGUUCCCCGCCACUGUGAGCAGCCCGAAGAGGAAGCAGAACAAAUCCGCUGCGGAACAUUACCUGAGCAGCAGCAACUACAUGGACUGCAUCUCCUCGGUGACGGGGAGCAACGGCUGCAGCCUGAACUCCUCCCUCAAAGGUUCUGACCUGCCUGAGCUCUUCAGUAAGCUGGGCCUGGGGAAGUACACGGACGUCUUCCAGCAACAGGAGAUCGACCUGCAGACAUUCCUGACUCUGACCGACCAGGAUCUGAAGGAAUUGGGCAUCACCACUUUUGGCGCCCGCAGGAAAAUGCUACUGGCCAUCUCUGAACUCAACAAGAACCGUCGGAAGCUAUUUGAGCCCCCCAUCAGGUCCUCCUUCCUGGAAGGGGGCGCCAGCGGUCGCCUCUCCCGUCAGUUCCACGCCGAUAUGGCCAGCGUCAGCGGGAGGUGGUAGGCGCUCCCAGAACCGUCCCAUCCUGGAUGCCGCUUCCUUGGCCUCUUUCGGACUAAAGACUAUUUUUCCAGAAUGAAUGACAAGCCAUAGUUGUCCGCACGACGUGGAAAGAAGUUCGGGAAGCAACAUGGAAGUUCAGCGUUCUUUAGGCUACUCCAGAAGGUGCAGGCAGAACGGUUUAGUCGGAUCCUUUCCCUUCCGGUGAUGCGGCUGCAGCCGUGUCAGUGACUUUAAUAUUUAGCACUUUAAUAUUGCUAAACGUUUGCCUGUGAAAACCUUCAUGAUAUGAAGAAGAACUUUGCAUUGGUUUUUUGCUCCCAAGCCAAAGAAAUGUUAGCACUUAGCCUGGAUGAAGAUCAAAGUAGGUCUGCAAGGUCAUCAUCGUGACCGUCAUGGACUCCAAAAAGGGCUUUUAAUUGGGAGGUUCGGCGUUGAUGCUCGGCCGCCAUCUUGUGUGUAUUUCCACACCAAGUGAUAAAAAAAACAAAUAUUUUGUAUUCAUUAUUCUACCAUGUUAAGGGAAGGGGUGGGAUUGUAAUGCUAAUCAGUUUACAUGUGUAUUUUUUAUACCUAAUGAAUGAUUAUUUUGUGCGUAUUAUUGUCAUUUCGUGUUUUUGUCCGUUUGUUCAUAAGGAACCGUUUUUUGUCGGCGUGGGCUCAAAAUCUCACAAUGCCCCCCCCCCCCCUCAUAUUGGUGACUACAUUUAAGCCCAAAAUGAUUUUAGUGAGUAAAUAUUUGUUAAAAAAGGGAAUAUUUGGAGCUGGAAAUGACACAAGAAAGUUGCAUCGGCCAUUUUUAUGAAACAUAUUUGCCAUUUUUAUUAUGUACAAAAUGAUUCAUAUACUCAAAUUUAGAAAAAUAAUAAUGAAUAAAUUUUGAUAAGUCUGCUGAUAUUUUGGAAAAAUAUUUCUACCAAUAUUUUUAAAUAUUUCUACCAAUAUUUCUACCAAAUAUUUCUACCAAUUAAUAUUUUUUAAUAUCACAUUUCACUUUUAUUGACAAAAUUAUCCAUUAGCAGUUUUUCUUUCAUUUCCAGCCAGAAAAUAACCACAAAAAAUAGAAAAUAUCAACUAAUUAUUCAUAGGCCUGAAUGGAAAAAAAAUCUAAAAAUACUCAUAAAAGAAUUUAUAUAAAAUAAAAUAAUUGAAUAAAAUAAUUUAACUAAUGAGAAUAAAAUAGCAAAAAUUAUUUUACUUAAUAUCCCAAAUGUUAAUUUAAUUAGUUUUUGUCACAUUCUUCCAUAAUUUCCAUGUCACAAAUAAAAAUAAUCAUAAAAACUAAAAUAAUUGAAUAAAAUAAUUUAAAUACUGAGAAUAAAAUAGCAAAAAUUAUUUUACUUAAUAUCCCAAAUGUUAUUUUAAUUAGUUUGUGUCACAUUCUUCCAUAAUUUCCAUGUCACAAAUAAAAAUAACCAUAAAAAAUAAAAUAAUUAAUUAAAAUAAUUUAACUAAUGAGAAUAAAAUAGUAAAAAUAUUUUACUUAAUAUCCCAAAUGUUAUUUUAAUUAGUUUGUGUCACAUCCUUCCAUAAUUUUCAUGUCACAAAUUAAAAAAAAUUACUUUAACUCCAUAUUUGGCUAGGGUAUAAAUUAUUUUGGGCUUACGUGUACGUCUUUCUGUAAAAAAAUUUAAAACAUUUUAAUUAAAAAAAAGCCAUGAAAAGCUGCCUUAGCUCCAUUUAAUGAAGCAAGAUAACGAGCGGUAUACAUGAAGUGUCCUGAAGCGUUCGUUAACUAUGCAGAAGAAGAUACCCCAAGUGCAAUCAAUGGUAUUUUGGAUGUUUUUAUGUUUCUAUUCAGUAUUAAAAUGUAAAAUCAGCUAUUAGGAAUGACCGCCUUUCCAGUAUGGAAGCACCAGCAGCCAAACAAAGCAGUGCCUUGCUUUCAUUGCAAUGAUUCCCAACAUUCCCUUUUCUCGUUUUUUUAAACCACAUUUGCCUCCUCUGAUGUGAUUUGAGUCGUGGUCAACGUGGUUUUCACGUUUAAUAACAUGAUCUGACACGGUUGCUGAUGCUAACCGGCUAAUUUUAUUCUUUGUGUUCUUUUAUUUGAUACAACGAAAGAUUGGAUCCCAGGCCUAGUCGGGUCUGACUCACAGUGGCACUACGCUAUGUUGUGACUCGUGUUCUCGCCUACAUUAGACAUUUGUUGUCCUCCCACCUCCUUACGGAAGGUUUUAUUUUCGUGUACGAAAGUUUACUGAAUUGCCACAUAAACAUCUCUCUCUUUGUACUGCAGUUUGGUGUCAAAAACCACUAAAAACUAAAGUGUGUAACAUUUGUGCAACGUCUUUUUCAUUCUGUCAGGAUUUUAUGCAGAAUCGUCCAAAAGUUGUGUUCAAUGCCAGUUGGAUUCCAGAACAAAACUCAAGCCAUCAAUCAGGCAAAAAACAUUCUCGACUUUAUGAAGGUAAUAAAUA